AUGAACGAUCAAUCCUAUCCCAAAUCUGCACCUUUAUUUACAUGGCCUCAAACAUUUCCAACACAUGCUUCAUUAGAUUUUGGACGUUUAGGAGGUUUCGCUCAUAAAGAGAAUGAUCAAAUUUAUUCUUUAAUGCCUCUCACACAAAUAUUUCCUCACACGCGUCGUUAUUUUCCUUCGGUUAAAAUUAGUAGGGAACUCAAGUAUCAAAAAUCCGUUCAAACUGCUAGAAAUUUACAAGAAAUUUAUCCUGAAUUUGAAAUACCAAGUGAAUAUCUUGGAGAUAUCAUAUUUGAAGAAUCAAUGAAUGAUCUAGAUUCUGAGAAUCGUGAUCCAUAUAUGAGUGGACAACUUAUUUCAGUUUUAGGAAAUCUGCCACUUACAAACAAUAAAUUUAUAGCAUUCCCGAUGGGACAAGCAGGAUCGGAAUUGUCUGAUUUAUUGGCUAUUUCAAAAUUAAAGUUUAAAACUCCAAUAAGACAAAUAAUUGCUACAUUACCCGAAACAUCUUAUGGAUCACAAUUAUCACCACCUCUAAUGGCUGUACGUACAACAACUGGAACAACUUUUUUCCAGAUUGAAAAUCCCGAAGAAGAAACGAACGAAUCAAGAAAUAAAUUAAAAGCAUCGGUAAUAAAUUCAGUACCUGGGCAAAUUCCUGGUUCUUCUUUUGAUCAAACAUGCGUUACUUUUAACCCCAUAUUGUAUGGUGAAGCUGCGAUUGUUGAUGCUAGUGGAGGCACCUAUUUAUGGAAAGCCGAAAGAGAUUACCAGCUUUCAGCUAAUUCAAAUAAAUUUAAAAUAGAUACCAUAGAGAGUCCACAAGAUCAAAAAGAUGUGCAACUGAUAAAUUUAUGGAGAUCUUGUGAGUUCGCAGCUCAUCCGAAAUGUCUUUAUGUCGCAUCACGGACAAACGUGAAUGUUCUUGAUUUUAGGAUUUCUAUUUCCGAUACAACCAAACUAAAGCUAUUCGAUAUUGACGAUAAAGAUCAUAUCUUUGCAUUCCAACGGAUUCCUAUGUUUAACUCGUUUCAAUCUCUUUUAGCAACAAGAAAUAAUAUUAUAUUAUUAGAUCAACGUUUUCCUAACCGGAAAUUACUCAAAUGGGCUCAUCAUAUUGAUAAACCAUCCGGUUUGAGUACAAUAAUGGAUAAAGACAAAUCGAUUAUUUUGACAUGGACGAAAAAUCCACCAAAGUUAAUUGUUUUCCGAUCCUGUUUCUCUUCAUCCGGUUUAAUAUCUUCAAUAGACUCUCCUGCUUUAAUUCCGUCAUUUCACGAUCAUCCUACUUAUAACCGAUCAAAAAUUUUGAGAACUACUUUGACCAAUGUUCCAGUAGAAUCUCAAGAUACUGAAGAACUUUCUCAACCUUUGAAAUUACCACCAUUAACAAGUGCACUUUUACUUCGAAAUGAUAUCCAUUUCGAAAAAGAUUUUUCCGUGGAUUAUCCUGUCAUUUUUGGCACAUGUUUUAGUACAAUGCAACUUUCAUAUACAGGAGCUUUAUAUUCACAAGAUUUUUAUGUAAAUUACGAAGAUACUAACUCAUUUUUAGAACCAGAUAUACCAUCUAUGGAAAGUGAUAUGCAAAUAAUUGAAAUGCCAAGUUCUGUGAGUGCAUUACAAACUUUUGCAGACCGAGAUGUUGGAACUAAUCCUGAAAUUCAGUUGAAAAGACAUCAAACGUGGUCUUUUGAUAGAAUAUGGAAGUAUGCUGCUAGAGAGUUAAGAUAUCCAUUCAUUAAAUUUUCGGUUCCGGAAUCUUUUGAAAUUGGAAUAGUGUUUUUAUCGUGGAAGUCUGUGGAAAGAUAUAUUGAAUUUUACACUGAAGUUGCAGGUUUCAAUUGUGGAAAAAAAUCUGUGAUACAAGACGUAUUAGGAUAUGUACUAUCGAUAAGUUUCUUUUGCACGGAUAAAAAAGUUGUUAAAAGAAGACUUUCUCCGUGUUAUUGGGAAGUAACCUUUAGUCGAUCAAAGAAUGAUAAUCGAAUAUUUGUGACUAAAUUUAAUAACAAUCAUAAUCACGAAACAUUUACAUCUAUAUAUCAAUCUGAAAGAUGGAUUAAAAAGAAUAUGAUUGAUCCAGAUCUUUUACCAAACGCACAAUUAAUAACUUAUCAAAAUCAUCAAAGUAAGUUUAUAAAUUAUCAAAUCCAAAGACCAGACAUUGAAAAUGCAGAAAGCACGGAGAGCAUAGAAAGCAUGGAAAAAAACAUGGAAAGCAUAGAAAACAUAGAUAUAAUUUUUGAAAUGAUUAAUAAAGCAGCUCAUCCGAUGACUUUAUAUGAAUUAUUGAAAAAUAUGCCAAACUUGGAUUUUAUGGAAAAUUCAGGAUUACCACGUGUAACACAAUAUGGAAAACAAAAACCAAUUAAUAGUUUAGAAAAUAAAGAAAAAAGUAAUGAAAAGAAAUCGAAAUCGCUUGAAUACGAAAAAACCGAAAGAAUAAUUGACUGGACAAGUGUAGACACUAAUAUAAUAUUGAAUAAGAUAUUAUCUGAAAAUUUUGAAGAAUAUAAUUUAAUCAAUACUUACUUGCCUUUUUAUGGAUUUCCAUUUAAUAAUAUCAAUAAGGAUAAAGAAUUAGUUGAAGAAAUUAAAUUUAAUUUACGAAAAUAUUAUUUAUUACCUGCGUCAGAUAUACAUCGAAUUAAUAUAAAUGAUUUGGAAGAUGAAAAUAUUCAACAAUUUGAAAAUGAAUUAUUAAAUGGAACAAAUACUUCAAAUGUUGAUGAUAAUAUUAAACUUAUUCGUAAUUCUACUAUAGAAGAAGUUGCUAAUGAUUUAGCUCUUAGUUCAUAUUCUUUAAUGGCAAAGAACGAGCAAUCUUCAUCGUCAUCAACAUUUGACAAUAUUUAUUUGACAUCAAAUUUUUUACCUCCUUCAAAAUUUACAAGUGACUCGCAAAUUUAUGAACCCAUAUCACUUAAAUGCACUCAUUCAAAAUCCAUUGGAAAACAACCAGAUAUUACCGAUCUUCAAUUAUUCGAACUUACAGAAUUAGCACAAUCAUUAUUAGAUGAUUGGAUAAUCGGACAAGAUCCUAAAGAUUAUGAAUUUAAACGUAAUAAAAAUAUAGGAGAUGAAAGAGAUAAAGGAAAUGGAGGAGAUGAAUUUGAAUUUUAUGAACAUUUACCAUUAAAUAAGGGUUAUUUUGAAAGUACAGAAAGUGAUGAUUUAAUAAGAGUUAAUAAUGAUCAAUCCGCAAGUCAAAUAGAGACACAUGAUAAUUAUUAUGGUCCCGAAGAAAGUACUGAGAGAUUUGUUUCAAAUACAGAGAUAACAGAGAUAUUGGAUUCCGAAGAAUUGCCAAACCAAAUAGAAUUGGAUGAAAUUAACAAAAAAAUGAAACUUAAUAAAAGAGCAGGAUUUAGAUGA